CCCGAAUCGAAUCCGCCCCCGCCCCCCAAAUCUCGCCGGGAUCCGCCGCGCGCCGCCCGGAUUCGCCUUCCCGGCGCCGCGCCCUCCACCGGAUAGGAGGGGCGCUGCUCCGGUCCGCGGGUGCGCGGAUCUGGUUAGGGUGGGCGGUGCUCCCGGCGGCUCGGCGGAGGAGCGACAAAUCACGGUAGCGUUAGUGGUGGCGGUGACGGCGGCGGCGGAGGAGGUUGAUUUGGUUGUGUGAGUCGUGAGCUUAUUGGUGUGCCGGGUGCAGGUGACGCGCCAUGGAUUACAACCCCGUGGACAGCAGCGGAACUGAUGAUGAUCUUCCACCAUCAUAUCAGAACAGAGGUGUAAGAGGUGGUGGGCGUGUUAGUGGUAAUGGGAGAGAUAUUGUUAGUGCUGUUCCAUAUAAUAGAACUCAGCCACAGACAGAUAUGGAAACACAAAUUCAUCAGCUUGAACAAGAUGCGUAUUGUUCUGUUCUUCGUGCAUUUAAAGCACAAUCUGACGCUAUUUCAUGGGAAAAGGAAGGUCUUAUAACUGAACUUAGAAAGGAGCUAAGAGUGUCUGACAAAGAGCACAGAGAAUUGUUAAACAGAGUGAAUGGUGACGAUAUCAUUCAAAGAAUAAGGGAAUGGAGAGAAACAAAAUCUGGGCAUCAGGCAGAUAUGGUGAACAAUACUCAGCGUUCACAUGACCGCAUUCCCAGCCCUACCACCUCUGCUCGCAAGAGGCAAAAGACAUCACAAUCCAUCCCUUCAUCAUCUGUACCUGCACCAUCGCCUGCUGUGCAUUCACAGGCACUAACUGCACCAAUGCAACCAUUGUCUUCUGCAACAAAAAAAGUAGCUCCAUCAGGCACAAAAGGCAAAAAGACUAAGCCAGGUCAGAAGUUACCAGGUGGCUCUGCAGUCAAGACCAUGUCUUCUGCUGGUCCCAGUGGCAGGGGACCUGUUAUGAAUAAGAACCCAUCAGGUGGUCUUCCUCCUGAACCAAUAUCAGUAAAUCCAUUAAUCGGACGUAAGGUCAUGACUCGGUGGCCCGAUGAUAAUAGCUUUUAUGAGGCAACAAUAACUGAUUAUGAUCCACAACUGGAUCGGUAUGCAUUGGUUUAUGACAUAAAUACACCAGAUGAAACCUGGGAGUGGGUUGACUUUAAAGAGAUGGCACCUGAAGAUAUUAGAUGGGAAGGUGGUGACCCUGGAAUAAUCCAGCAAGGCCGUGGUGCUUCUGUUCAUGGCGGUAAGAAGUCAAGCAACCGUAAUGGCCCCAUGACAGGUGCUGGAAGGGGGAGCAGAGGGCCGCAGAAGAACACAUCAAGGAAAGACUUUCCACCUUCACAAAAUGGUGUUGGGAAGAAAAGCUCGGAUUGCAUAGAAAUACUCCAUACAGAGACACUAAUAAAGGAGGUGGAGCGGGUUUUCAGUGCAAGCAACCCUGACCCGCUUGAAAUGGAGAAGGCAAAGAAAGUGCUCAAGGAGCAUGAACAAUCUUUGAUCGAUGCAAUUGGAAGACUUGCUGAGGCAUCAGAUGGUGAAAGUGAUGAACGGGCACAACCCUUACAACACAACCGUGGAUGGAGAAACCAUCAUGGUGGAAACUAUGCAAAUGAUAUUACUAUCGAUGGUCACAUGCUUGGGGAUGCUGAUGCCCUGUAAACAAUUACUGAAAUGUAUACAGAACCCCCCUUACUUUUUUAUCUAUUGUAUAACUUCAAUGCUGAUUUAUUCUAGAUUAGCACUAGGUUCAAAAGUAUCAUCUAAUUGCUUGAAAUGAGUUUAUCAGUUAUGAUGGCCCUUUCGGAUUGUAUAACUUUUGGAAACUUGGUGAGAGGAGAGCGUUUUGUAGAAUUGUAGUCCAGCAGAGAGCAUGGUGACACUGUAAAGUUAGAUGUGGAGACAGUUUUGGUGUCGUACUA